AUGUAUCUCCAAGAUCUCCCCCUCGAAAUUCUUAUCCAAGUUCUUUCUACGCUCUCCCUUACAGACAUGCAGAAGCUCAUGCUCGUUAACUUUGGGUGGCGAUGGCUGAUCCAACGUUUUCUUUCCCGUAAAUACCAUCUCUCCCUACUUCCCUAUGUCGACAAUCCCUCUGCUUUUCGCGAUGUCAUGCGCACCUCACAUUCUAUCAUUUCCGGCUCAUUCGCUCUCGACUUCGGCCUUCACGGCACCACGGAGCCGUUGAUAAACGCUUCCGACAUCGACGUGUACACUGGCGUCUCCAAUGCGAUCACCAUCGUUGAAUAUCUUCGCAACAAGGAAGGCUAUCUCAUUGUUCCUGUCGGUAUCAACCCGUGUUGGGCAUGGAUAGACGAUUAUGAGGGCGGGAUCACUUCAGUUAUUCGCAUGCUUCACCCGCGAGGGUCCAAAAUCGACGUCGUUUGCAGCUCGCGGAUUUCCGCAUUGCAUCCGCUUUCGUACUUUUGGGGCACGCUGGUGAUGAAUUUCUUGACUUCGGAUGGAUACUGCUCUGCAUACCCUUCCCUAACGGAGCGUGGUAUCGGGUGUAUUCAUCCGUUGCGAGAUGUCACACCACGGGUGGAGCGCUGCAUUGAGAAGUAUAAGAGUCGUGGGUUCUCUAUCCGAGACUUUGCGCAGAAUGAGGCAGAGCCGCAUACUUCAAGGAGCACGAAGGGUCUACGGAAAUUUGGUGCACAGAGGAUGAAGGUUGCCGUCCCAUGGCAUUGCCCACAUGUAGUUAGGAGUUUUAGCGACGCAGGUUCGCUCCAUCUUGCAUUCAGUCCGCGCUCGCGUGGCGAGACCUUGUAUCCAUUCGAGGAGCCAGAGUGGAUCAUGGGCGGUUCGCAUUGCGGUGGCGGUUGUAAACUCCAUUCUGAGGGUAGUGUUAACCCCCGUGCAACUUAUUUCUAA